GCGAGCCCCUCCGGUUGCGCGUCAGCAUCCCCCCCUCAAAUAGAAAUCCGCUGGUGUCACUUCAACCAGAGAGAGAAGGACGGCUGCAAAACCCCUACCAGAAAUCCACCUCACUUGGCAUGCUGUGAUUUUUAUUCAGUUUUAUUUUUGAAUGUUUAUUUAUAUUUAUAUUUUUGGUGUGAUGCCAAAGAAGGAGCGGAACGGCAGGCUGUGAGGAGAGGCCGGAGCCUUCUGGAGGAUGUAGAGAGGACCGGGGCGCGCUGUCCCAGGGGAGCCCAUCGGGAGAGCUGGCGGUGAGGAUGCUGCUCUAACGCACCGACUUUUCCUGAUCACAAGGUCUGAUUUGCAGCUUGACUGAGAGUACAGGAGCGAGACGAGAGUUUGUCAUGGAAACCUACAAAAACCUGCUGCUCCUGGGAGCCAUCGCAGCGGCCUCCGCCUUCAUGGUCACCAUCCUCAUCGUCCUUGUCUGCGUAGGUUGCCAAAGAAAAAGCAAGAGCAAGCACCCCCCAGCCGGAGAAAAAGGGACGUCUGUGAAUAUGCAGGGAACGCUGCGGCAUCCGAAACUGAACUCCAUGAGUAAAUCUGACACCAGGCUGCAUGAGAUCAAUCGUUUUCCCUGCAAUGGAAACUCUGUUAGUAAGAGCCGCCCAGCUAGCAUGGACCUCCUGCUCCUCCACAGCCGGCGCUCCCAGACAGACCUGAGGCCCUCCCAUGGACGCCAGCUUCCUCAGAUCCCCACCAGCCCCCAGGGUGGAGGAGGGGACACAGGAAGUGACGGAGGAGGAGGUGGGGGCGGGGAGGCUAGAGACCACACCUACACUGAGGUGGGUCUGCGCAAUAAUCCCACCCCCUCCCCCUACCUGGACGACGGCUUGUACGAAAGCGUUGGGGUGAAAGAAAGUGACGCAACCCCCAAAGUUCCCUCUGCUCCCCCGUCCACGUCCGCCAGCACGCCGUCGACGGUCAGAGCAGCCCAGAGCCCUCCGGCUAACGCUAACGGAGCUCGCAAUGGAAACGGAGUCAGAGGGAAUGGUAGAGGGAACGGCACCAUUAAUGGAACAAUGACAGGCAGAGGUAAUGGCGCGGCUGGAGUAAACAGAUCCCCUCUGUCCUCUGUUAACUCUUUGGCUGUUCAAGAUACAUCAGCAGCCGAGUAUGCUUCCAUAAGGAAGUAUAAAAAGGUUGACAAGUUAAGCAGGAAGGAGAAUAAUGGCGCAGACAGCCAGUCAGACAGCCAAUCAAGCGUGAGCGAUUCACCCUCUGCUGCCCCCCUUCCUCUACAUCGCAGCCAGGAAUUUCCACGCAAACCGCUGGAGCUAUUUCACCUGCACUCCUUCCCAAAGGAAGCAGUGUUUAUGGGGAAUGGAGAGCAGUACAUCUGGAAGCCGCCAGAGGAGGAUGACAUCAUCACCUUGCAUCCACCGCCGCACGGUGGAGACAGUGGGCAGGGGCACCCGUCACCCCCCACUGCAAAGGAGAUUGCAGACACUUAUUCCAUCGUAUGCAAAACCCAGAAAAAGAAACCUCCCAUGGAGCACAAUGGUGCAAAAACCCUCCCACGCUCCUUCGGUGGUGAGAGGGGGAACCAGGGUUCCAGAGGCCGAGGCCGAGGAGUCCAAGGCCAGGCUCGUUCCCAGGAGGAGCCCUGCUACGAGCCGGUGGGAGACAGGUCCUGGUCCUCAGCUGCGGUCGAAUCAGACCCCGCGUACGCCAGUAUCGACACCCACCGGAAGCGGGAGCAGGGGGGAAACGAUAACAGCACAGGUGGGGGUAGUGCUACUCUGAAGAGGAAGAAGCAGACGCCACAACAGCAGCAGCAGCAGCAAGCAGUACCAGCAGCACCACCACAAGGCUCAGGUCCCACCGACCCUCCUGUUAGAGGCCUCCCUGGUGGGGAAAACUUCUAUGAGACCAUCAGCGACGUAAAACAAGGGGGCAACGCCUCCGGCACUACCACCAUCUUCACCUUCAACGAUGGGAUGGAGAUGUAUGUCACUGGCCUGUAGCAAACUGGUAGGCAGACGGGGUCCAGAAUCCACUGGCACAGGUUCUGUCCACCAGCCAGCAGGUCGCUGUACAUAGACUCAGACCCUCUAUAGUCAAUCAACAUGAGGAUCCAUUUUGUGUUGACAUCAGGUACAAACAGGGUCUUAAUCCAGGUUCAAGACUUCCUUCGAUUGGUCUGCACUUCAGAACCAGCCUAAGCCUAGUCCAGCCCAAAUAUGGACCAAUUCCAUCUGAACAAAAACAGGGGGGGG